AUGUCCACGCCAUAUCUCAAAAAAAUCGAGGAGGAGGUGGAUAUAUUUUAUAGUAAUUGGGGUCGCGAUUUUCCAAAAUAUAAGUGGGAUUGGCGUCCAUUUCUCAGGGCGAUAUGCGAAGGGAACGUCCUUGCAGGCGGGCCGAGCACGAUUCGGCGGCCCGAUCCGGAGGGAGAGAUCGCCCCGGGAAACGCGGUGAGGGCCACUGAUAGUCUUGGCCGCAGAAAAGUGAUACGAAAGCCGGCAGGGAGUGGGUCAUGGCAGUAUGCAUGGUACAUUCCGGAGUGGUCCCAUCCCAACUUCGAACCGGAUAUAGAUAUAACCUAUACGGGGAAGGCUUCGUUCAGUGCUACGAAUAGGGCCCCUUACCACAAGCUGUUCCCGGCGCUACGGAAUGUGGAUCAAGUCAGACGGCCAACAGCUUAUGCCCAACGCUUCGGAAUUCAUCCGGACGAACAAGGCGGUCGAAGUCGGUUGAGUCCCACGAUAUCUUCAACUCGGGACCCGUUUGAUGAUUAUGCCAACCAGGUCAAUUCUCUCCCCGAGGAGGUUAGGCAAGCGGCAAUCGAUGAGUCAAACAGGCUGAGGGCGCAAGAAGGCAAUAUACCCCCCGAACAGUCUAACUACAUUCACCCCCAAGUGAUGGAUGCUAUACUGAGGAAAGAAGGCGCGCUUACGGGUGCUCAGUUGAAAAAGCUGCUGGAAGUGACGCUCGCUCCGGGCGAGAAAAGCAUGAAUCUCGACAAGUUUGUUGAUACACUGAAUGCGAAACAACCGAACAUAUUGGACGCGCACAGGACGUUUCUUGCAAAAGCCUUGGAUGACCAGAAUUACCAACGAACCCUGUUUCAAGACUUGACGAGUGACGAGAUGCUAUACGACAACAUCUAUACUCAGAGCAACGAUGUGUACUGCGAUUUAAAAGGCCCAAUUCACCCGCAUUUUGAUAGAAAUCAUUGGAUGGAUAGCGACGCAAAGGGGGCAGUUGCUUGGCAGCCGCGACUUGUGUAUAACCUCAACGGGGAGAGAGGGGAAUGGGAUGUUAGGAGAAACGAUAAAGUGUGGGAGGCUCUACAACCAGCGCUACAGAUGGUGACGCGCGUACUUAAUAGUGAACACCCUCACAUAAAGGCCCUGAUGGAUCUGAGGACUCGUACAAAGGUAGACCCGGCGAGGGACGGACGAAUAAAUCCCAAAACGACACAUAUAACCAAAUACGACGACAUCGAUAAAAUAGACUUGAGCGAUACGUGGAAUGAGAUCCUCACGCUCGCUGCUAUGGGUUUCGACUGGCCACUCCAUGUGAAUAAAGUCCUCGAAAAAUGCUUGACUAUAGACUUGGGUAGCUGUUUCAUGGAACCCACAGAGGAGCAUGGUCCUGAUACCGUCGACGGGGCGAAAGACGCGUACGAUAUGUCCUACGGGUUCACAUACUUUACCAAUGCCGGCCCGGACUCUCAAAUCCUCAUGAGUAUAGGCGCCGAGCUGGUUUGGCCCUUGCUGAUGCCUCAAUACAGCCAGAGUGAGAAACUGUCGGCCUCUUUCGCGAUAGCUUCUACUAUACUACACGAAUACGGGCAUGCUAUCUCCAACGCACACAUGCUUAUAAUGUCGGAGGAGUGUUUCGGAAGAACAACACCCCAAGGUGAUGCCGCUUGGUUUCAACUUGUUCAGCUCGGGAUUCAUAUGUAUGAUUAUGACUCAUUCAACGGGGAACACCCCUAUAAGGAUAAUCCAACCUCUGAACACGGUUUCGAGAUCGAGGUGGCGCUAUGGGGGGGCCUCGCUCUCAAUCUGGUGGCGAAUCUGAGUGGACACAAUGCGCGAAUAUCAUCCGCCCCGCUGAUAACCUCGCAGUGUCAGUGGCCUUUCUCCCGCGCCCCUAAUACAGCCGGGGAAGAUCGAGAUGAGCCGAUCGCAGGUGGUGAUUACGCGGUAGAGGAUUAUUUUACACCGAUACCUAUUGACUACAUGGCCAGGUUUUUCACCCAGAAAUUCUGGGACGGGGAGUUCAAGCUAUACGGGUUUGAAGCCCUCAAGAUGCUUCCGCCGAACCAUGCAUAUAAGCUAUCCAUGAAUCCGCAAUGGAUCGAUAAACUCGGAUUGGCUGCUACCUUCGGUUGGGAAUCAUACUCUUUCAUACUAUUCGCAUAUCGCACCCUUGGGAGCAACGAUCAAGCGAUAUUGGGACACUAUAUAUUGGCGGUUGUUUAUGAGCUGAUGAUGCCCCGAUCUUUCGUCGACCGCUGGCGAGUCGAGAUUAGAAACUGGGACGACGAGAUGCUGACGCCUCUUGAGGGAAGCGUGGAAAGGUUGACCGAGGUUAUGGGGGAGGCGCAAUCAACCAAGGCAAAAUUAGAGCCGGCAGAUGAAGACAGAAACUACUGGUUAUACGUCCAGGAGUUCAAUUUAAGAAAAGAGUCAGGCAGAGCAUCGGGUGUCCCGGCGGAUCAAGUAGGCUGGAAGAACACUAUGAAAGCCCACUUCGUCAGGUAUUUCCGCGACGGGGGUUUACUGAUGCAGGCCCUCGCCGAGACUCAUAGAUUGAUGUCCCAUGAGAUUAGAUUCCUGCAGCGCAUGAUCUUCGACUUUUUCAGCAUAAACCCCGAAGCCCGCGGACAAUUCUACUCCGGAAACGGUUCGAAUGAUAAUGGCAUCCUUUCGAGCGCCUAUGAACGCAUGCUAAUUUACCGCGGAAGAGCACGAGACAUUUGGGAAUCAUGCCAAAAGUUAUCCCAGGCAGACCAGCUCAUUGCCGUCAAGGAACAAUGGUCUAGCUGGGCAACUCAUUAUAAGGCAUGUUUCAAUAUGUAUGGCGAUCUGCUGGGGAUGCUCGGUGAACAGAAUCAAUUCAAUCCGGAUGACAUGUCGUGGAAAGGGCGCUUCCCCAGCGUACCAUCCUCCUACUGGAAGAGCCGCGUGGAGCGUCUCCGCAGUCAGGCCCAAAGAGAAUAUAACAGAGUGCAUCCGGCCAUUCGCGAGGUUGUAGAUGAGUGCAUGAACAUCUGUUGGCGCGUCGGUAGAGAGAAUUUGGGGAAGAUAUUCCUCUCGGAACCGGAUCUCGACGAAGUGGAGAAGGUGUUACAGAAGGCGAGGUAUCUGGGUAAGGAUGCACCCCCCAAUGCGCAGUCCGCGUUUAACUGGUCGCGCCCAAACUCAUCCACGGAGCCCUCCAUUUUCGACAAUACUUGGCAGUCGAGCUCGAGAAAAUUCCGGCGUGUUAUCGGAUCUUCUAGCAGCGAAACUGCGAAGAAGAAAGGCGUCGUCUUCGGUCAGGCGAAUACAAUAGGAGCGCAUCCUCCUCGACGACCAGGCGAUGCUAGACCAAGUCCGGCUUCAGGUUCUGGAGUUGGCGCCAGCUCCAAAGGGAAAGAAAAAGACAUAAGUGGAUCCGCGUUGGGGCCGGAUCCCUCGGGCGGAAUCAGGCGGGAUCACAGUAACCCAUUCGCAAAAUACCAUGUAGAAGGUCAAGCGGGUUCAGGCUUCGUCCAAGCUUCAGCGAAAUUCGGCGCCAUAGUUGACCUCGAGAAUAUCGGGGUGCCUACUGUCACCAUCGAUUCGGCAUUGGGUACAAUAGGUGUUCCAAGUACUUUCGGUGACGGAGGGCCCUUCUACUCUAGUAUCGAGGCUUUAAAUACGAAAUUCCCCUUCACAAUGGAGAUGAUUGGAAAAAAACCACUUGGCAACGCAUUCGCCGGCCCGUAUACAAUGUCGACGGAGGUCGCAGAUCACGAACAAACAAUGUGGCUAGCAAGGGCUUUAACUGACUUCAGCGGAAUUUACGGCAAUCCGCUGUAUCUGACGGAAGAACCAUGGCGAGGCGAGGCGUUAGCCGAUGCUCUCAAGACGCCACCCCCGAGCCCACCACUUAAAGCCCCCUUCCUUGAGCCUCCUCCAAGUCCUGACGGGAAAGAAGUCAACCUGAAGUUGACUAUUAAUACGAAAACCCCACAAGACCCUCAGAUUAACGCUGCUCUUAAGGGUGCUGAUGUUUUUUGGACUGACCCUGUCCCCAUCAGUCACAAAGCGCCUGGUGACGGAUCUGCUAACACUCGUAGCAGUAGCAUUAUUGAAAUUGAGGAUUUCAACUUAGGUCUCGGUCCAUGAAUGUGGUCGAUAAAAUGAAUACUUAAUAUAAGGGGGUGAUGGCGUAUGUGGGAAGAGGUGCAAACUCGGGUUUCGUAACGUUUAAGGGAUGGGUUCAAUCCGCCCUAGGCAG